UUCUCUUUUGCACGGCCACGCCUAUGUUUAGAGUACAAGCCAAUAUGAGAUGGCUUUUAAAAACUUGAAUGACGAGGAAGUAAACGUGCAACAACCCGGUGAAUUGUCCUAUCGUCAACAUGGCAAGCAACGAUAAGGAGAUUUCCUAUGGUGAUCUCAAAGCUCUCUUGGCGAAGGGUUCAGGGCUUCUUGUGGAUGUCCGUGGUAAAGAUGAGGUAGACAGAGGACGUAUUCCAGGCUCUAUCCAUAUCCCAGUGGAACAUGUAGAAAAAGACAUGUCCCUGGAUGCAGCUGAAUUCCAGUCUAAGUUUGGUGUAGUUAAGCCAUCUCUGGACAGCUCUGAACUGGUUUUCCACUGUCAACUGGGAAGGCGUGGAGCUCUUGCUACAGAGAAAGCCAGAGGCCUGGGCUUCAAGAAUGCCCGUAAUUAUGUUGGGGGCUACAAGGAAUGGUCGGAAAAAGGAGGCAAUUAAGUGACAAUCC